AAAGACUGCUGUUUGACUUCAGGCAGUGACGCAACGCCCUGCAAGUAUUGCUGGCAAGGAUGGCUGAGCCUCGGGAGUUGCGCGCGCUCCACUUCAAAGGGGCCAUCGUGAGUCCUUGUGACGAGUCUCCCACCCUGAGUCCAAGCCCACACUCCUCCUCCAUGUCUUCUCUUGACUGUUCGAUUGAAGAGCAGGAUCUGGAUGAUACUUUCGAAGCACUUCAGCAGCAUGACCGCACCUUUGGCUCCAGAGACACAGCUGGGAGCUCGUUGGAUGGCAAAGGCUGGCCUCUUCUGAGGAGCUUGGUGUUCAGUCCCGCAACUGGACUCAGGUCUGAGUCCAGCUCGAUAGACCUAGAGCCUGCAAUUUGUCCUGGGGUUUUUGUUGGGCCAGCUGAAGUUUCAGGCAGUGGCUUAGUGAUCGGCAGCAAGGACCGGGGCUUCUCAGGCAAUUGUGAACCGGCGGUGGUUCCAUUCCACCAAGUCUACUGGACAGGAAAGGAGCAGGCUUACAUGAUGCAGGCCAUGACGUCAGGGAAGAUCUCAGGACUCGGGCCAUUUACUGGAAAGUGUGAGUCGCACUUGGAGCAAGUGCUUGGAGUCCCCAGAGCCCUGUUGACCACAUCAUGCACGCACGCGCUGGAGCUGAUGGCUUUGCUGCUCAACGUUGGCCCAGGUGAUGAGGUCAUCAUCCCGUCUUUUACAUUCUGCUCCACCGCCAGUGCCUUCUCUCGUCACGGCGCGUGCAUAGUAUUUGUCGACUCACGAACAGAUACUUUCAACAUCGAUGAGCGGCUCAUCGAGCAGGCAAUCACCCCUCGCACCAAAGCCAUUGUGGUGAUGCACUAUGCCGGCGUCGCUUGCGACAUGGACGAGAUUUGGCGGGUCGCCUCCAAGUACGGGGUUCACGUGCUCGAGGACGCAGCUCAUGCGUUCCUUGGAAGUUACAAGGGCAGGCCGCUUGGGAGUCUGGGCACCUUUGGGGCGCUGAGUUUUCAUGAGACGAAGAACAUCACAUGCGGCGAGGGCGGUGCGCUCUUGAUCAACGACGCGCGGUUCGUCGAGAGAGCGCUGACCAUCCGAAGCUGCGGCAACGACAGGCACCGCUUUGUGCAAGGAUCGGCUCUCAGCUACACGUGGCGCGACGUCGGCUCCAGCUACGCUCCGUCCGACCUCCUUGCGGCGACGCUUCUGGCCCAACUCGAACUCAGCGUUCCGAUCACCGCAAAACGGGGACUCCUUUGGCACCGGUACCGAGACUCUCUACGAGAUUGGGCAGAUGCAAAUAGCGUCGUUCUCCCCCGGGUGCCGACGGUAUGCCAACCUGCGUAUCAUAUCUUCGCGGUCCUUAUGCCCAGCCCGCAAGCAGCGACCGGUGAGUCUUCGGUUAGCGUUGUCUAA